AUUAAUCCCAAUUUAGCAACCAAAACAACCCUCCAAGACUCAAAUACGAAUUGAAAAAUCCCUCUCAUUGACCCUGAGGUUAAUGCACAUUUCACGAACACGAAGGCCGCAUGAUAAAUUCCAAAGUCUCAAUUUUCUGUCCACGAUUUACCCAAGGAAUUGGCUAAACAUUGAAGAAAUCGACCGGCACUCACGUUACAUCGCCCAUCCCUAAACGUUACAAAGAGGCUAUGCUACUGUAAGCCAAGAGAACAACGAAUUUCAACUCCGCGAAAUAUCACAACAAGUUCUGGACAAUUAGGAAUCGCAUGAUUACAAUCUGAUCUCCGCCUUGAGUGCGACGACCUCGAGCUGUAAUCCAGCAUGGCUGGACAGCCUUUAAACGAUCGGGAUGACUUACUUCUCGAUUUGCAUGAUGAACAACCAAUUUACCAUACUGGGCAGCGCGCCCCUAUGAACGAUGAUGACCUUUUGCGCGCCUACAAUGCAGAUCAUGAUGAUUCGAAUCCCCGCCCUUCGAUUUCUUACGAUAAUUUCGUUGGCGCUCCAUCACCUGCAACACCUUCUUCCACAAGCCAUCUUCCAGGAGGGCCCGGCUAUGCCGCGCCUGGAUCACAGCCGCCAUAUAAUCACAAUACCUCAGCAUCAUAUAGUCAGACUUCAGGCCUGAAUAACUACCAACGUUAUGCGGAUGAUUUGGACGAUUUUCCGGACGAUGGACGUUCCUCUCAGUACUAUAACCAUGGCACAGCAGUUCCUGGUGACGGGGCGGAAAUGAGGGGUCAUGGACGGAAUCGCAACAGCAUAAUGAGUCUGGGGGGUGGUAUUAUGGGAAAGGCAAAGAGUAUGUUUGGAAUGGCAGCGGACUAUUCAGAAAUGGAUCUACCCUUGACUGAAGCAGGGGCGAGGAAUCGAGCGGAUGACACACAUGAACCUGAAACGCCUGCACAACCUGGAAACAAGCUGGGAAAUUUCAAAUUUGGAUUUGGUAGAGGAAAGCCAGAUCCUUCAACACUUGGUCCCCGGAUAAUAUAUCUCAACAAUCCUCCUGCUAACAGCGCAAACAAAUAUGUUGAUAAUCACAUAUCUACAGCAAAGUACAACGUUGCCACCUUCUUACCGAAGUUUUUGUUCGAGCAGUUUUCUAAAUUUGCCAAUCUAUUCUUCUUGUUUACUGCAGCACUGCAGCAGAUCCCCGAUAUUUCACCAACCAACCAAUAUACCACAAUUGGACCUUUAAUCCUGGUCCUCCUAGUUUCUGCUGGUAAAGAAUUAGUUGAGGACUAUAGGAGAAAAACAUCUGACACUUCUCUGAACAAUUCAAAAGCUCGUGUAUUACGUGGGUCUUCAUUCACGGACACUAAAUGGAUCAAUAUUGCUGUCGGCGACAUCAUUCGGGUGGAAUCUGAAGAGUCAUUUCCUGCUGAUAUCAUCUUACUGGCUAGUUCGGAACCUGAAGGACUAUGCUACAUCGAAACUGCCAAUCUAGAUGGUGAGACUAACCUCAAAAUUAAGCAGGCGAUUCCGGAAACAUGUGUUAUGGUCAGUUCCAGUGAACUCAGUAGAUUAGGCGGAAAGCUACGAUCAGAACAGCCGAAUAGCAGUCUUUAUACCUAUGAAGGUACCCUUACCAUGGCGGCCGGCGGUGGAGAGAAAGAGCUUUCUUUGCAACCAGAUCAGCUUCUGCUCAGAGGUGCGACUUUACGUAACACACCCUGGAUUCAUGGAGUUGUUGUAUUUACUGGUCAUGAAACCAAGCUCAUGCGGAACGCGACGGCAACACCAAUUAAGAGAACUGCUGUGGAGCGUCAACUCAAUAUACUGGUUCUCAUGCUUGUAGCUAUCUUGAUCGCGUUGAGUGUCAUAAGUUCAAUGGGUGAUGUUGUUGUUAGAUCAAUCAAGGGAGUUGAAUUAAGCUACCUAGGGUAUUCUGCUUCGAUCACUGCGUCGAAAAAGGUCUCGCAAUUCUUCUCUGAUAUAGCCACAUAUUGGGUUCUUUAUUCUGCACUGGUUCCCAUUUCUCUUUUCGUCACUGUCGAAAUGGUCAAAUACUGGCAUGCGAUUCUUAUCAAUGAUGAUCUCGACAUGUACCAUGAUAAGACGGAUACUCCGGCUGUCUGUCGCACAUCGAGUUUAGUUGAGGAGCUGGGUAUGGUGGAAUACAUUUUCUCAGACAAGACAGGAACAUUAACAUGCAAUCAAAUGGAAUUCAAGCAAUGCUCUAUUGGCGGGAUUCAAUAUGCAGAGGAUGUUCCAGAAGAUCGCCGAGCCACAAAUAUCGACGGACAGGAGGUCGGGAUUCAUGAUUUUCAUCGACUUAAAGAGAACCUUAAAACACAUGAGACUGCUUUGGCCAUUCAUCACUUUCUUGCCCUUUUAGCUACUUGUCAUACGGUUAUUCCAGAACGAUCUGACGAGAAGGGCGGUGCUAUUAAAUAUCAGGCAGCCUCUCCUGACGAGGGUGCUCUGGUUGAAGGCGCUGUUUUGAUGGGUUAUCAAUUCACGGCACGUAGGCCAAGAUCUGUACAGAUAACGGUAGCUGGCGAAGUCUACGAAUAUGAGCUUCUUGCAGUUUGCGAAUUUAACUCAACGAGGAAGCGUAUGUCGGCAAUUUUCCGAUGCCCAGAUGGGCAACUCAGAUGCUACUGUAAAGGAGCCGAUACUGUUAUCUUGGAACGGCUCGGUCCAGACAAUCCACAUGUCGAAGUCACACUUCAACAUUUGGAAGAAUAUGCAUCGGAGGGUUUAAGAACACUUUGUCUGGCUAUGCGAGAAAUUCCCGAACAGGAGUUUCAAGAGUGGUGGGCAGUCUUUGACAAAGCGCAGACUACCGUCAGUGGUAACCGUGCCGAUGAAUUGGACAAAGCUGCUGAAAUUCUCGAGCGGGACUUUACGCUACUUGGAGCAACGGCGAUUGAAGAUCGUCUACAAGAUGGUGUCCCUGAGACAAUCCAUACCCUUCAAGAGGCCGGCAUCAAGGUCUGGGUCUUAACUGGUGAUCGUCAAGAAACUGCUAUCAAUAUCGGAAUGAGCUGUAAAUUGAUCAGUGAGGAUAUGACCCUUCUCAUCGUCAACGAGGAAACAGCCAUGGAUACUAAAAACAACAUACAAAAGAAACUCGAUGCCAUAAGAACUCAGGGCGAUGGUACUAUUGCUAUGGAAACUCUUGCUUUGGUCAUUGAUGGGAAGUCCUUGACUUAUGCUCUUGAAAAGGAUUUGGAGAAAGAUUUCCUUGACCUUGCUGUUAUGUGUAAAGCUGUCAUAUGCUGUCGUGUGUCUCCACUUCAAAAGGCUUUGGUCGUCAAGCUCGUUAAGCGCAAUAAAAAAGCUAUCCUCUUGGCUAUUGGUGACGGAGCGAACGAUGUCUCGAUGAUUCAAGCAGCCCAUAUUGGUGUGGGUAUCAGUGGUAUGGAAGGUCUACAAGCCGCUAGAAGUGCCGAUGUUGCAAUUGGACAAUUCAGAUAUCUGCGCAAACUUCUCCUGGUUCAUGGCGCAUGGAGUUACCAACGUGUCAGCAAAGUCAUUCUCUAUUCUUUCUACAAAAAUAUAACGCUUUACAUGACACAAUUCUGGGUAAGUUUAUCAGUUAUCUGGCUUGAUCCCUCAUUAACGAUAUCUAGUAUUCGUUCCAAAAUGUUUUCUCUGGAGAGGUCAUCUACGAAUCUUGGACGCUAUCGUUUUACAAUGUUUUCUUUACAGUACUUCCUCCACUUGCGAUGGGUAUAUUUGAUCAGUUCAUAUCUGCCCGACUUCUAGAUAGAUAUCCGCAACUUUAUCAACUAGGUCAAAAGAACACAUUCUUCAGGCAACAUUCAUUCUGGGCUUGGGUUGGUAAUGGUUUCUACCACUCCUUGAUUCUUUAUAUCGCAUCGGAACUUAUUUGGUGGCGUGAUCUACCACAGGGCGAUGGCAAAACAGCUGGUCAUUGGGUAUGGGGCACAGCACUCUAUACCGCCGUCUUGGCAACCGUUCUCGGAAAGGCAGCUUUAGUGGUAAAUGUCUGGACAAAAUAUCACGUUAUAGCCAUACCUGGUAGUAUGAUCAUCUGGAUCAUUUUCAUCGCUGUAUAUGCUACCGUGGCACCUAAGCUCGGCUUUUCCAUGGAAUAUGAAGGUGUUGUUCCUCGAUUAUUUGGAAGUCCCGUCUUUUGGAUUCAAGGUUUGGCAUUGCCUAUACUUUGCUUAUUAAGAGACUUUUCAUGGAAAUAGUAAGUCUUUCUUAAGUAUCUUUCUUUCAUUAGGAAAUACUAAUCAACAACUCAAGUGCUAAACGCAUGUAUUAUCCACAAUCCUAUCACCAUAUCCAAGAGAUUCAAAAAUACAACAUUCAAGAUUAUAGACCAAGGUACAUUUCAUCUAUCUUUCUUUUUUACCCGUUUUGUUUGGCAUUUUUCUAACUACCACAACCACAGAAUGGAGCAGUUCCAGAAAGCCAUCCGCAAAGUUCGACAAGUUCAACGUAUGCGCAAACAGCGUGGUUAUGCCUUUUCUCAAGCGGACGAGUCACAGACUAGAGUUCUGCAAGCGUAUGAUACGACGAUGGAGAGAGGAAGGUACGGAGAGAUGGCAAGUUCAAAAAGGAAUCGUUGAAGCUUUUCUGUUGUUUCAAGAAUUGGGUUGGAAGUAAAGCAGACGAGCACAAAGGCAGGUAGACAUUGGUCUGGCUUGACGAGUAUGAUAGGUAUUCAGGCUGGGGAUAGGCUGGAAUAAAAAAUGACUCGGAAGCUACGUUCUAUGUAUGAUGAUAAUUGGAGGCAAAAUCUUUUUUGGGCUAGGGCUGGUGUGGCUAUUUCUUCAUGAAUGAAUGCGAUGCUACUUUUCUUUUUCUUUUUUGCUUUUUUUCACUUCUGGCUUUACUUGACUCAUAGGAGGAGCAUAUGUAUAUUAUUAUCUUUUUUUGCCUCGAAUAUUUGUGAUGUAUACUUUUUUUGCAUUAU